AUGUUAAUGAAACUUGUUGUGCUUCUUUUGGCUUCGACUCUUGCCGCACCAGUUACUGCGAUACCUCUCGAUGCCCCAAAGUACGAGAUUGUUUAUGGCACUUCAAAAGUCCCGGACAUCUCCAACCUGGGGACUUCCAAGCAUGUCAAUCAAAAUCGCAAGGACGCCGCUGAAGGCAUUGCCCAGUAUCUCGAAGGCCUCACCGCGCAAGGUGUAAGAUGUGGACUAGACAAGAAUCAGGCCUACUACAACCUGGUCACAUGGACGAUAGACGGACAAGGAUACGAAGCGAACAUAUACUUCACGGGAAGAAUCCCGCAAACCGUCUCAGCAGACUAUUCCUGGUAA